AAUAUAUUUAAAAACAACAGCAACAAAAAAACCCACAACGGGCCACAAAACACCCAGAGCUGCGGCGCCCCCAGGUGUGCGGAGGAUUGCGGGAGGGUCUGAGCUCACCGCCCACUAUCCUGCAGACAGCCCCACUUCUCCCCUAAAAUCGCUGAUGAGCUGAUCAAGGCUCUGCUUAAUCGCAGCAGCGACGGGGCAGGGCCCGCCCUCCAUGCGCAGGGGCCCCCGCCUUCCCGGAGGUGCCCGGACUCUGCACCUGGACCCCCAUGGCCAGGCCUCCGGGGUCCCCGGAGUCCAGGUGGCGGACGGGACCCUGUCCCCCUGCUAAGGCGGGUCCUCCUGCUGACGUUACCAUGGAAACUCCCUGCUCUGGGCCUGGCCUCCCGCCUCCUCUCGCUGACGUGCUUUCCAGGAUCAGUCUGGGCGCCGCGUGCCUGCCGCUGGCUCAGCAGUUCGGGGUCACCGUCCGCGGCCCCUCCCCACCCACUCGGAUUUCACAUUUCCCGCUGCCCUGGGUUCUGCUGGCUCCCCGUGAACCCCCCCCCUCCCCAGACGUGUACCUCCCUCGCUGGUCGUCCUCUCAUCUCAGCCUUCACUCCCCCGCCUGGGACUCCCCGCAGGCCACAGGGCCCAGGCCCUGACUGCCGGGCGCUCUGUCUCCCCCUGGAGACUCCGGCGCUCACACUCCCGCCCCCAGGAAGCCUGGGGAGCCUCCCGGGCAGUCAGCUGGCCGCCUCCGAGGUCCUGCUCACACCUUAUUUCUAAAUAUAUUUUUAUUGAUUACAGAGAAGAAGGGGGGGAGAGAGAGAAGCAUCCGUGAUGAGAGAGAAUCACGGGGCGGCUGCCUCCUGCACGCCCCCUCCUGGGGAUGGAGCCUGGGCCCGGCUUGUGUUCUGACCGGGAAUCGAACUGUGACCUCCCGGUUCCUAGGUCAGUGCUCAGUCAACCAGGAGCCACGCCGGCCGCACGCACCAUGGGUGGUUUUAAGGCCCACAUGCCUCCCCUGAAGAUUCAAGGCAAAGGUGAACGUGAAGUUAAAAAUUAAGUUUUUAACUUUGACAUCAUGAGGUCAAAGGAUUGGGUGAAGGCUUUGCAGGGCGUGGAGUUGGGAGGAAGCCUCACGGGAGGGAGGAGGCCUUCUGUCCGGAGCCAGGCCCGUCUUCCGCUCCUGCCGCCCAUGCAGUGAGCCAAGCAACCGGCCGGAGGGCCUCCCCGUCACGGUCCCAGAAGGUGCUUCCAACCCAUCUGGGGACGGUUUGCUGGGAAAUCUAUUUUCACAGAGGACGGAGAGCAGACCCUUCGGCGAGAGGAGCAAGAGCCGGACCACCAUGAAGCAGAUGGACGACGGGUCCCCGUCCAGGAGAGUCCCCAGCUUCUGUUCCCUCCGCUGGGGGCUGGCCCUCCUCCUGCAUUUCUGCAACGUCUCCAUGAUGUCCCAGCGCGCCUGUCUCAGCCUCACCAUGGUCGCCAUGGUGAACGGCUCGGGCCCCCAGGGCUCACCCAACAUGUCCACCCCAGAGCCCCUGGACGACGUCAAGAACCCCGUGUACAACUGGAGCCCCCAAACCCAGGGCAUCAUCUUAAGCUCCGUCACCUACGGGAUGCUCAUCACCCAAGUGCCCGUGGGGUAUCUGUCCGGAAUCUACCCCGUGAAGAACAUGGUCGGCUCUGCCUUGCUCCUCAGCUCCCUGCUCAGCCUGCUCACGCCGCUGGCGGCCGGGGUCGGGGAGUCCGCGGUCAUCGCCUGCCGCGUGGCCCAGGGGCUCAGCCAGGGGACGGUGCUGGUGGCUCAGCACACGGUCUGGACCAAGUGGGCGCCUCCGCUGGAACGAGGGCGACUGACCUCCCUGAGUCUAUCAGGGCAGAUGCUGGGACCCUCCGUGGCCCUGUGUGUGACGGGGCUCAUCUGCCAGUCCCUGGGCUGGCCCAUGGUCUUCUACAUCUUCGGGGCCGGCGGCUGCGCCCUGAGCCUCUGCUGGUUCCUUCUGUUUUACGACGACCCCGAGGGCCACCCGUGCAUCAGCCCCGCGGAGAAGGAGUUCCUCGCGUCCUCCCUCGUGGAGCAGGCCGGCUCCGCGGGGAAAUCCGUGCCCAUCCGGGCCGUGCUCAAGUCUCGGCCGGUCUGGGCCAUUUCCCUUGGCUGUUUUGCUUUUUCCUGGACAAAUCACGUCAUGUUUUUGUACUUGCCGACUUUCAUCAGCUCCAAGCUCCACGUUAACGUGAGAGAGAACGGGCUGCUGUCCGCCCUCCCCCAUCUGUGCUGCUGGCUCUUGGGCAUCCUCGCGGGGCACGUGUCCGACGGCUUCCUGUCCAGGAAGAUGCUCAGCUUGCUCGCCGUCCGGAAGCUCUUCACCGCGCUGGGACUCCUCCUGCCCGCCGUCUUCGUGGUGGGCCUGCUCUACCUGGGUCCCGGCUUCCACGGCACCGUCGCGUGCCUCACGCUGGCCAGCGCCACACUGGGCUUCUGCGUCGCCGGGAUGGUGAUCAACCCCCUGGACAUCGCCCCCAGAUAUUACGGGUUUCUGAAAGGAGUCACGGUUCUCAUCGGAAUGACGGGGGGGCUCAUUUCGUCCACUCUGGCUGGGAUAAUCCUCAAUCAGGACCCGGAGGCCGCCUGGUCUGCCAUCUUCUUCCUGGUGGCGGCCGUCAACGUGAGCAGCCUCCUCUUCUACCUGGUCUUCGCCGCGGCCGACGUGCAGGCCUGGGCCCAGGAGAAGCAGCUCACCCGGCUCUGAGGACACAGGAAAUGCAGACACACCCAAGCUUGCAGGAGCUCACACUUCAAUCACGGCCGCCUCCUCCUCCCCGAACCCCAAUAAACCUCCAGGCGGAGCCUUCAGGGUCCGAGAAGAGACCG